AUGCGGCAGCCUUCCGCCGACGCCGCCGCCGACGAGGCAUUGGCGCGCAUGGGCUAUAAGAGCGAGCUACCUCGCAAUUUGUCCAUGCUGAGCAUCCUAGGCCUGUCGUUUGCCAUCAUGGCAGCGCCCUAUGGCCUUAGCACCACGCUCUACAUCACCCUGGUCGACGGCCUCUCCGUCACCAUCAUCUGGGGCUGGGUGUUUGUCACGCUCAUUUCGAUCGCCAUUGCCGCCUCGCUUGCUGAGAUCUGCGCCGUCUACCCCACCGCGGGCGGAGUCUACUACUGGAGCGCGAUGCUCUCGACACGCCGCUGGGCGCCGCUCAUGUCCUUUAUUGACGGCUGGCUAACCCUUGUGGGUAACUGGACCGUCACGCUCAGUAUCAUCUUUGGCGGCGGACAGCUCAUCCUAAGCGCGAUCCAGCUUUGGAACGAGGACUUUGUCGCGAGCGCGUGGCAGACGGUGCUGAUGUUUUGGGCCGUCAUGCUGGUCUGCACGCUCGUCAACAUUUUCUGUUCACGUUACUUGGACCUCAUUAAUAAGAUUUGUAUCUUUUGGACGGCCGCCAGCGUCAUUAUUAUCUUGAUUGUGCUGCUAACGAUGGCGGACCACCUCAAUUCCGGCGAGUUCGUCUUCACCGAGUAUGAUUCUUCGCAGAGUGGAUGGCCUGCUGGCUGGGCCUUCUUUGUUGGCUUGCUGCAGGCGGCAUACACGCUCACGGGCUACGGCAUGGUCGCGGCUAUGUGCGAGGAGGUCCAGAACCCACAUCGCGAGGUCCCCAAGGCUAUUGUGCUGUCGGUGGUGGCGGCUGGCUUCACUGGCCUCCUAUUUCUGAUCCCCGUGCUGUUCGCGAUGCCCAAUGUUGAGAAGCUGCGCCAGGUGGCCAGCGGGCAGCCGAUCGGCACACUCUUCAAGGAGGUGACUGGCUCGGCGGGCGGUGGAUUCGCUCUGCUGUUCCUCAUUCUGGGCAUCAUGAUGUUCGCAGGCAUUGGCUCGCUGACCGCGGCCAGUCGCUGCACGUAUGCCUUCGCGCGUGAUGGUGCGAUUCCGGGCUUCCGGCUUUGGCGCCGUGUCAACAAGAAGCUGAAUGUCCCCGUGUGGGCUAUCAUCCUGUCUGCUGGCGUGGACUGCCUGCUCGGCCUGAUCUAUUUCGGGUCCACCGCGGCCUUCAACUCGUUCACCGGCGUGGCCACGAUAUGUCUCUCCACUUCAUACGGCCUGCCCAUCUUUAUCUCCCUCCUCCGCGGCCGCGAGGAUGUCAAGCGCUCGAGCUUCUCUCUGGGCGCCGCGGGAUGGAUCAUUAACUCCAUCACAGUCGCGUGGAUUGUGCUGUCCGUCGUGCUCUUCUGCAUGCCGUAUGCCCUGCCGGUCGACCCCACGUCCAUGAACUACGCCAGCGUGGUGUUCGCCGGGUUUGCGACCAUCAGCAUUGUCUGGUACUUUGCGUACGCGCGCAAGCACUUCACUGGCCCGCCCGUCAGCAAGGAAGAGGUGGCUGCUGCGGCAGGCGUCAUGACGGGCUCUGCAUUGGACGUGGAGACUGUGCUGGAGGAGAAGAAAGUGUCCAGCGAAUAA